CAGCCACCCUGCCGCAACACGGAUAAAGCAAACCCGUGCGACGAACGCUCGAGUGUAAAAGUGCGUGGUAAGAACCGCUCGGUUUCCGCAAGAAAUAGGCGACGGACGGGCCGCCAACCCGCCCCAAAUAAUCGCAAAGAGUUAGGGGAAGCGAUCGGUGCCGGGCCCAGCGCCCGCAAGGGCCGCGUUCUCGCGCUUUUCCGUGUGCGUUUGCCGGUGCGAAAUGAACGCGAUUAACAAGAACCGAGACCGCAUUCUGGAGGCGAUUGACCAGCUCAGGCGCCGCAAAGCGCGCCCCGACAUCCAGCGCAUUUGCAAUUACCUCUUCCGGCGGUUUUCCAUAAGUUCGGUGGAGGCCCGCUCCGACCUGCAAUGGUGCGUGGAGAACGACAUCGUCCUCAAAGUGGAGUACAAAGGGAGCAUCAGUUACAGGAACGCGGCGAAAAAGUUCUCGCACGUGAAACGCGACAGCCAGAGCGAGCACAACGCCGACAACAAAGCCAACCGGAAGUUCGCACAACUCCUCACGAACGCCUUCGGGGAGCUGGUGGUGCACGAGCCCGACUACCUGGAGUACGGCGUGCCGGCGGAGGAGAUCAUCGACAACAUCCUCUCCAAGGACAGCGUGCGCUACACCAGGAAGUACAUCUCGAUCCUGAUCGAGAAGGAGGUGGAGAACGGCGGCCUCAUCAAGAUGGAACAUGACAGGUACCUGAUGGGACCGACCAAAGAGAGGACGGACGAUAAGGGCGCCAGCGGGGAAGCAAAGGACGGCGAUACGCACUCGCAGGACCUAGUCAUUAGCGUCAAACCCCGGAAAAAACCGGGACCCAAACCCGGACUCAAAAAGGAAAAGUCCGAAAGCAUGGAUUCGGACGAGAAAAAAUCCGAAACGGGCAGUCUGCGAGUAGGGGGAAGGCGAAAGAGGGCCAAGAAAGUGUUCGACCCGUCCGACACCCAUGUCCCGAAGAAGCGCGGCCGUCCAGCUGGGUCCCUCAAUAAAUCGACAAUCGAGAAGCAAUUAGCGAAAUUGAGUGAUGAGUCCAGGCCUGAAUCGCGGACUUCGAACAGUGGUCGGGAACAGGGUGGUGUUUGUUCUGUUUGUCAUGUCCAGAACAAAAGGGGGCCCAAUGAUCGCAUGGUGGCCUGCCGGGAAUGUAGUAAUAAAGCUCAUUACAGUUGCUUGAAUGGGGACGAUAUGAUGCUGAGGAUGUAUCCAGAUAAUACGUGGCAAUGUCCGCAUUGUAAAACUUGUGUUAUUUGUUUUGAGACAUCGGAUGCGGGUUAUUUAACAGUUUGCGCUGUCUGUGCUGAUGCUUACCACGCAGGAUGUCACCAACCGCGCAUUCAUGAGAAAUUUAUUAAACCACCGGCGAAAUGGCUUUGCAUCAAUUGCGAAAUGCCCGAGGAACUGAAAAUCAAUGAAAUCCAGUCCAACAUAAGCAGUUCUUUCACGUCUAAAUUAACCAACGGGAAUGACACAAACGAUAACAAUUCGUCAUCACCUUCCAUUUCUGGAAAUACAACCCCUAAUUACCAAUCGCCGCCCUUAUCACCCACGCCGCCUCAGCUCAGUCCCCAAAACGAAGCGCCACAAAACGGCGAUGGAGGGGUUUCUGAUUCUCAGAGUAACCAAAGUGUUAAAGAUUCCGAUGAUGAUAACAUAGAUCCGUCUAUACCUGAUGCGACCAAUUGGACAAUCGAAGAGGUGUAUCAGUAUUUCGCUCAGUAUUUCCCCGAGGAAGCCAAAAUUUUUAAGGAACAGGAAAUUGAUGGCCGUUCGUUGUUGUUGCUGAAACGAAUGGACGUUUUGACAAAUUUGAAACUAAAACUGGGACCUGCACUCAAAAUCUACAAGCAUGUUGUUAAGCUACAAGUGAGAAGGGAUGAUCCAAAGUUCUACUGGUUGUAAAUAUUGCUUUUAACAGUUACUUUGUAUUCGGAAUUGAUGUAUAUUUUUAUUAUACUUAUUUUAUAAAUUGAUGCACCAGAAUAAAGCACCGUAAGUUACAAAA